AUGAAGCUUUUACUGGUGCUUUCUGUCAUAUUCAUCGUGUUUUGGCCUAAAAUUAUUGACGCCACCAGUCGGGAAGAAUGUAAUCAGUUUAAGAGAGAUGCAGAGUAUACGUGUUACAAGACAAGUCUAAAUCCAUACGUUAACUACAAACAUCUAACUGAUUUUGAUGACGUGUCCAAUGCAUGCAGAAGAAUGAAGAAAUGUAAGAAGAGCUCCGGAAAGUGUAUUGGAAAGAAACUGAAAGGGUGGUGGAUGAAUAAUUGUUAA